CCAAAAUCUGUUACCCUUAGCGCAAUUCUCAAUAACCGCCCCAACCAAAAGGUGGAGUCGGUGCGAGUGUAUAUAACAGGAGUCUUCUCUCCCAAUUCCCCAGGUAACUCCUGACAUUCAACCUUGUAUCAGUUCUGAGCAUAACCCUAGAGCAAAAAUGGCCCGCAGCAUCCACAUUGCCGUCCUUGACGUUGAUAUCCCCCCUCGCAAACUUUAUGAAUCUCACGGCCUAUGCAGCGCUCACUUUCGUAACAUCCUCCAAGAGACUGCCUCACGUCUGAACGAGACCUCCCUAGCCCACGAUGGCCCCAUCGACAUAUCAGUGACUCCUUAUGACAUUCGCGGAGGACACUACCCUGACCUGCGCAAGCUAAGAGGCCAUCCUGACCACCUUGUAUACCCCGAUACCUCUCAAAUCGAUGCCGUCUUGAUCACUGGCGGCGCACCCGGUGUAUACGAAAUGGACAUGUCUCCCUGGAUGCAACGCCUGCAGACCUUUCUCAAGACAGUCUUUGAACAAUACCCAGAGGUCCGAAUCUUGGGUACCUGCUUUGGACAUCAGCUCAUCGGACACGCUCUGAUGAGAAACCCGGCAGAUACUGAGAGAGAUGUCUAUGUUGAGAAAUGCCCCCUCGGGAGAGAAGUGGGUAUAUACACCGUUCAGUUGGAGAAAGACUUCGUCCAGGCUUUCCCACUGGCCUUGGGCCACCUGCCACAGGAACAGCUGAGAAUCCAAAUGUUCCAUGGCGAUCGUGUAAUGGCGUUUAAGAAGGGGCUUGCUAGCACGCUUGAUGAGAAGGCUUCUCUGCCUGCGCCGUGGAUUAAUGUCGGAAGCACACCUAUCUGUCCUAUCCAAGGACUGUAUUACCCUGGAAGGGUUCUGUCCGUCCAAGGCCAUUAUGAGUUGGACGCGUUCGGCAUGCAGAACAUGUGCUUGGAGUUCGCACCGACCUUCGGAUGGAAGGAUUCGAAGCUUGCAUUGUUCCUGGAGCAAGUUGGUCCACACGUGGCGGAGCGACAAGACGAUGCGAGGUCCUUUGCUACCGCUGUUGUGUGUUUUUUGGCGGGUAUGGAGAAGCUUCAGGUUGGAGAAUAGGGCAAAUGUAUGUACAGGUUUUGUUUAAGACUGACCAAUCUAUCUUCUAUUCAGCGUGUACCUCCUACUUUGCUUCAUAUUUCAGAGUUGAAAUGGUUCAUUAAACUCUCAUGUGUUUCGUCGCGGCAUUCUUGAACUAGUUCAUCGGAAGCGGGAGCUUGUUGCUUUCUUUCCUUUCCUUGCCUUUUCUUUCAGUUUUUCCCUUUCUUUUCUCGCUUCCUUUUUUUCUUUUCGUGUUUUGUUUUUGUUGUCAUACCCUUGCAUCUACC